AUGGCGUCGAGGGAUCCGCUGAUCGUGGGAGGCAUCGUGGGGGACAUCGUGGACUACUUCGACGCGUCGGCGCGGCUGAGGGUGUCGUACAACAACCGCGAGAUCACCAACGGGUCCGAGCUCAGGCCGUCGCAGGUUGCCAACCAGCCGACGGUCCAGAUCGCCGGACUCUCCAGGUCGCUCUACACGCUCGUGAUGAUGGAUCCUGAUUCACCUACGCCCAGCAACCCUUCCCAGAGAGAGUAUCUCCACUGGUUGGUGACAGAUAUACCAGAAGGACGUGACGUCAAUCGCGGAACUGAGGUGGUGGCGUACGAGAGCCCUCGUCCGACGGCAGGGAUCCACCGCUUGGCGUUCGUGGUGUUCCGUCAGACAGCCCGGCAGGCGAUCUACGCGCCGGGGUGGCGCGCCAACUUCAACACCAGGGACUUCGCCGAGUGCUACAGCCUCGGCGCCCCUGUGGCCGCCGGCUACUUCAACUGCCAGAGGGAGGGCACCUGCGGCGGCCGGAGGUACCGCUGA